UCUGAAUCCACUACAGGUAAAUAAUUAGUUCUGUUAACCACUUUAUGUACUGAAGUACUUUUUACAAUGCAUCAUGAUGUUAAUCAGCACAAUACUCGUGUCAUGAGACUUGAGGAUCAGAGUUUCUAAUUAUUAAACAGUUUUGGGUGAUCUUCGUACAGAAGUCCUGAUAUGAAACCUGACAUUAUGUCGCGAAAUUGUAUCGGAAAUCUAUCACCGAUUCAACGAAAACUUUUAACAAAACGAAGAUGUCAAUCUACAUUCAAACCACUCAGUGGAUUGAAUAAAAAUAUCCGAAAAAGAACAUACUUAAAAAGAUUAAAUGAUAAUAAUUCUUUAAAACCACAUCAAAUUGAAUGUGAACGAUUGAAGGAAAUUCUACCAACUGUUGCAAACUGUGAAAAUUUGGAUGAAGUGAAAAUUAUUCAAGAAGCAAUAAAGCAUAUAAACUAUUUAGAACAAGCAGUACUUCGACGAUUAAAUAUUAUCAAUGUAGAAACCUCAAUUGAAAACAGUAAUCUCCAUUCUUCCUCAUUGUCAUCAUCCUCCUUACUUCCAGCGUUCAUUUUUAAAUUAUUAUCUAGUCAGAAUAAUCCAUCACAAUCAAUACCAGAAGACAAUUUGCUUUUUCGUGCUAAUAGUUCUUAUCAUAACAGGCCUCAACUAAAUAAUAAUUACAUAACUGAUGAUAAUUUUUUAUCAAAAUCCUAUGAAUAUUUAAAUUCCAAUGGUAGUACACCAUAUCAGACAGAUGAUGAUAUUGAUCAACUGGGGUAA